AUGGCCAAAAUGAGUCCAUCUACCGAGCCUCACAAUCGUCGUGAUAAUUCAACUCAUAUCAAAUCGGAGAGCAUGUCUCCACCUCAUCACAAUGUUAGACUUCACCGAGAACACACUGAUACUAUCCAAGAAGCUGCGGCCGUUGUUGCCGACGAGGCACUUCUCAGCGAUAACGAUGUGGAUACAAAAGACUACAGUCUUGGAUCGGAGAGAUUGACUGGCCAGCAGCAACCUCAAGAUGAAGCCAGUGCUCUAGCCGGUUUGACUGAAACGGUUCGCAAUCAGGAUGACCUCGAACGAGACAUUACGAACCAAGCCAAUCUGGUAAUGAUCGAGCAAGAAGAUCAGCGGGACCAGAAGCGCAUUGAAAAGGUUCGGAAUGGUAUCGAGAAACUCGAGACUCAGAAACAUGCCCAAGAACGCCGUCUCAAUAAUCUCUCGAACAAUCCAUUGAUGCGCCAAAGGUGCAUGGAUGAGAUCUCGAAGAUUGAAGCCGACAUUUUUGCUUUCAAGAAUGACAUUACCGACAUACAAAAGCGAAUCGAUGAAAGGCAUCAGCACAAUGAUAACCAUGCCGAAGCUGACGCUGCUGGUGGAAGCAGACGAAUGCCUAAUGAAAGCCAAAGAGAAUUCCUGAUUCGCACAGGAAAAAUCACCCCAUUUCAACAAACUUCAGAUGCAGCUACCGAUCAUGUUCAAUCGGCACUUACUGAUGCGCUAAGGGACGCGGAAGAGAAGGAUGACAACGAAUCAGGAAAUGUUCAAGCGGAGCCUAGAUCACAUCAGAAUCUUCGUCUACCAGGGUUCGCAGAUGUCGCAGAUACUAAAUUGAGUACAACUGAGAGUGAAUUUGGUCUUCGUCCUCGAAAGAAGAGAAGGCUCGCCAAUGGCUCCUUUGCAGAUGUAUCUCCCGCUCGUUCACCUCCAGCAGAUGAUGAUGCUUUUAGCCCUGAAAAUUUAGCCGAUGAAGAUGAGGAAUUGGAUGAUGAAGAUGAUGAAGAUGAUGCCUUGAUGACAGCUCGUACUGCGACUAAGAAGAGGUCUAAGCCGGGCAAAGCUCGAACAGACGAGGCACAGAGCUUGAUCGGGAUUGAUGAUGGAAACGAGAAUAUGUAUCAAGCACGCCUUGCAAAAUGGGUGGAGAAACGAAGCGCUGCACGACGACAGCAUCUAGAAAAUAAUCCUCAAAAUGAGGAGGAUGCAGCUGCAGAAAAAUCCUUGGAAAAGGAAUGGUUCAAGCCAUGUCCAGGACAACCUGAUCAUGAGUUUGAAAACGGUCUAAAGUUGCCUGGUGAUAUCUUCCCUGCGCUCUUUGACUAUCAAAAGACUGGUGUUCAAUGGUUGUCGGAACUUUACAAUCAACAAGUUGGAGGUAUCAUUGGAGACGAAAUGGGUCUUGGCAAGACCAUCCAGAUGAUAUCCUUCUUAGCCGGUUUACAUUACAGUAAAAAGCUUACAAAGCCUGUUAUUGUAGUUGCUCCUGCAACUGUCCUUCGACAAUGGGUUAAUGAGUUUCAUCGAUGGUGGCCGGCCUUGAGAGUUUCGAUUUUGCAUAGUUCUGGUACCGGCAUGCUCAACGUUGGAAAUGAAGGCAGAUUGGAAGACGAAGAGGAUGAGAUUCUUUACGGUCAAACGACCAAGAAAGCUCCAAAGUCGCAAAAGCUUGCUCAGAAAAUUGUCGAUCGUGUUGUCAAGCAUGGCCAUGUCUUGGUUACCACAUAUGCUGGACUUCAGACCUAUAGUGAUACCCUCAUCAAUGUUGACUGGGAUUACGCUGUACUGGAUGAGGGACAUAAGAUUCGAAACCCUAACACUGCUGUCACUAUCUACUGCAAAGAACUACGUACACCCAAUCGUGUGAUUCUCUCGGGUACUCCCAUGCAGAAUGGGUUAAUAGAGCUGUGGUCACUGUUUGAUUUCGUCUUUCCUAUGCGUUUAGGUACUUUGGUCAAUUUUCGACAAUCAUUCGAAGUUCCUAUCAAAAUCGGAGGUUACGCGAAUGCCACCAAUCUACAAGUCCUCACGGCUACUAAAUGUGCUGAAACUUUGAAAGAUGUGAUCAGUCCAUAUUUACUUCAACGAUUAAAGGUUGAUGUUGCGGCAGAUCUGCCAAAGAAGAGUGAGCAGGUCUUGUUCUGCAAGCUUACGCGACCUCAAAGAGAUGCAUAUGAAAUGUUCCUUGCAUCUGAUGACAUGAAAUCAAUUCUAAAUCGCAGUCGUCAAUCGCUUUAUGGCAUUGACAUACUGCGCAAGAUCUGCAAUCAUCCAGAUCUUUUAGAUAAACGAUUGAAAACCAAGCCCGAUUACAAAUGGGGCAAUGGAAACAAAUCUGGGAAAAUGCAAGUUGUAAAGGCACUCUUGCAAAUGUGGAAGGGCUAUGGACACAAGACUUUACUCUUCAGUCAAGGUGUUCAGAUGCUUGACAUUCUUGAGGAGUUCGUCAAGAAACUUGGUGGAUUCAACUAUCUUCGUAUGGAUGGUGGUACAGCAGUCAAGGAUAGACAAACUCUCGUCGAUCAGUUCAACAAUGAUCCUGACAUGCAUGUAUUCCUCCUCACCACCAAAGUUGGAGGUCUCGGGGUUAAUCUCACUGGUGCAAACCGGGUAAUCAUAUUUGAUCCUGAUUGGAAUCCAUCCACCGACGUACAAGCUCGAGAACGUGCAUGGCGUCUUGGUCAAAAGAAGGAGGUCACUAUUUACCGUCUUAUGACUGCUGGUACUAUAGAAGAGAAGAUCUACCAUCGACAAAUUUUCAAACAGUUUCUUACAAACAAAAUUCUCAAGGAUCCGAAGCAGCGACAAACAUUUGCUAUGAAGGACCUAUAUGACCUAUUUACUCUUGGUGACCAAGAUGGUGGGACCACAGAGACUGGUGAAAUGUUCAAAGGUACAGAGGUUCAAUUCAACAAGACUUCCAGUCCUUCAUCAUCUCGUAGUUUGUCUGCCGACCCUGGUCAAGGUGAUUCAGAAUCCGAUCUUCGUAAUCUUGCCGGUGUUGCUGAACUCGAGCAAUUCAAUGAUCCUUCUGAGGAGAAAGAUAAAGAUAACAACGAAGAGUCUAGAUUAAUGGAAGGCAUCUUUGCUCGUUCUGGAGUCCAUAGUGCUCUUGAACACGAUCAAAUCAUUAAUGGGAAGAUGAAGGUUGCGGCAGACCGUGGCAUGAUUGAGCGUGAAGCUAAGAAAAUUGCUGCUGAAUCUGCUACAGCACUGAGACGUGCUGGAGAAGCAGCAAGAAGCAUUGCACCUGGAACUGUCACUUGGACUGGAGAAUAUGGAUCCGCCGGCAGACCGACUAAUGUUAGACGAGGUGCAGGUCCAAGUUCAUCAAGUGUUUUAUCAAGUCUUUCAAACAGACAAGGUAUCACGCAGCCUUCUAGCUCGAGUAGCUCACGCGCUGCAACUCCAAAUCGUCCAGCUGGGCGUCAACGUCAUGAUUUUGCUAAGAUGAUUGUUGAUUUCAUCAAGAGAAUGGGCGGUUCAGUUCCAAGUCAGGCCGUAGUCAACCAUUUUAAUCGAUAUUGUACUUCUGAUCGAGUGACGGCUGAAUUCAAGCAUACUCUGACAGAAGUUGCAAUAUGUGAACAUGGCACGAAUAGUAGGAUGAGGGCUAAGUGGGUUCUGAAAGAUGAAUUCAAAUAG